AUGAAACCUGGAGGGCCCAAGUACAUCUCUGACAACGCGGCCCUCAAUGAUUUGCAACGAGCAGUUGGUGCCCAGACAAGCUUAUCAGCCAGUCAGACAAUUGUCGCGCUGAUUUGGAAGUAUGUUCUAAUGGAAGGAAAUGCGUCUCAUCAGGAGCUAAAUAGAUACACAUUUUUCAAGCACGAUAGAAGCGUCCAGAUGCCGCACGCUAGGCUGGAUUUAGACUAUCUUGUAAAGCGGAUCCAUACCUAUAUUCUAGAUCAACGAGACAUCAGCAUUCAACGGCUUUGCACCGUUACCAGUGCCAUCUUCUCCGUUGGGGCACUUCUAGGGAUUCAAUCAGAUACACCAGCAAGCCAGCUACUCUCCGACCUGAAGUCGUCUCCAGGGGUCCGAGCAUGGGUAGCGCUCCUGUGCUCACUAAUUAUCGGGUUUUCACCUAUUCACUCAACAAAGCUCAUGACUCCAUCCAGACUCCUUGUUGGCCUUUCACGUGGAGUCGCAGAGUUGGUUUCUACGCUAGAUAUACUGCAGGCCGAGCUAGCUAUUCCAUCUGUGAAGGAGCUGUCUUUGCCUGCAGACGCUCAAAAGGUUCUGCUGCGCAUUGCCCGCGUCUACAGCAACCACGAACUACGCACUGCCCAGGUUGAUGCACUGACAUUCGUGACUGAACCGUUCCAUGACAUGGCUCUUUCUGUCCGUAUCCUGUUAAUUGCACUUCUGUUAGCUCCAGAGGCCUCUGGGACAGUAGACUCUGAAGAGCAAAGCCGAGCUCUGGCAGCACUUAAGAAUGCACUUUUCUAUUCGGUAAUGAGUACCGUUCCAAUUAGCAUGCAGUUCACUAUGCGCAUAUUUCUUCAACAGGGGGUACUACGGUUCUGCUUGUCUAAAGGAUUUAUUACUCUUUUUCUCGACCCUCGGUGGGCUGAAGACAUAACAUUUCCUACCAUGCUAUUUCACUACAUUAUAUCUUUUUAUUUACCCUGCUCUAGUUCCAUUUUAUCUACAGAGAAACUUAUUCUGCGGAUCUUAACCAUGCUCACUAUUGUUAGAGAAGACCCUCCGUCUUCAGAGUCAAUGUCACUUAGAACUAUCUUGUCCGCUGGCUUCAACUGUGAAGACAGCCCAAAUAUAUUAUGCGAUAAGCUACUUAAAUACAUCUGCAUCAAGCUCUGCAAAGGCGUCUCGCAAGCGUCUGUUCAGAGGGAGCUUACUACAUACCUUGCCGAGCUGUAUGACAUCUAUACUUUUUCUACUCCCUUAUCAACCUGCAACCUUCCAACUAAAGCGCCUCCUUUUGCAGCUGAAAUCGCCACGAAAAGCGAGAACAUCAAGCACAAGUAUCAAACCCUGGGCGACUCAAUAAGCUGUCUACUGGACCUCCCUGUCUAUUGGCUUUCCCAUAACAACAUGAGGUUUGUUUUUCUGAACUUUAUCUACUUAUUACUCAAACAUAAUGAAACUGAAGGGGCCAACAUGCUCAUGUACGCUUUAUUAGGUGAUGGUUCUCUUGCUAACAUCAUUCCUAGUGAUCACUUCAAGCUUGCCCAUGCAACAGUUCCAUGGCUGAUGGAUUGUGGGAUACUUAGAACUCUUUAUGAACAGUCUUUCUCGUUAUGCUGUAUAGACAAGGCUGUGUUUCCAACGCUAGACUCCUAUUCUCAUGCCUUAGAGGGGAGCAUUAAUUCAUCUGAUUACCGGUUUGUCGGUCAAAUCAUUGCUAAUCUGUUCUUUGCCCCGUACUGUCAGGAGGCCCUAUCUCUCGCGUGGGAUAAGCUAAGCACAAUGGGGUUCACUCAUAGAAGGGAGAUAUAUUCUGCUAUCAUGGAGGAGCUGUCAUCCAUUUCUGCUUGCGCGAGGAAGGUGAAACAAUGUCCUUCUUUUCUGGCUGCUUUAUCGGGCAUAGAGUGCAAGAGGAAUUUCUACUAUGUGACGCUCAAGUCCUUCAUCGAACAGUAUUUGAUCAGUGUUCUUUGUCUGACAAACUGUUCUGGCGUCAUGUCAAGCAUUGCUUCUCUGCCGGCCACCUCUUUGAUUCUUGUGCAUGAAUAUGUUAAGCGCCGUCUCGAGCUGGCGGAUAUUCGCUCUCUUCUCUGCGGCAUUAUUAUCUCAUCACAUCCACUUGUCCAGGAGUUUUAUACCUGGCUGAUUAUACAAUCUAUUACUGAUGAGUGUUUAGACGACGUCUCCUUAGAUCAGCAAGCCAGAUCGGGACAUCACCUAUCUCGGGAAAGUGGAUGGCUCCGUAGCUACUAUCGCAACUAUGUCUCUGUUGCUGUCAGAUUAACAAUUCAUGUCGAUUGGACCAUUAGCAAAACAUCGAGUGAUCUUUCCGGUCAAUAUUUGCUUGCAAAUCUUAUGGGGUCCUUGAAGUUUGGGUCUCUUCCAGCAAUGUACUGCUUGAGAGAGCUUAUUACCCACCUUAUGGACGCUUCAGCAAACGCUGAAGUUGCAGACAUGUCUCCCUUAGCGGAGUCUCUUCUUAAUGGAAAGUCUCCCAGUAUGCUCGCGGAUACAUGCAUACAGAGCAUAGGAGAAUGCCCACUGCUUUGUGGUCCACGUACCUACUCCAUGCCAGAACCACUUGCGGCGUACUUGCUUAAUCCAGACACGUUUUUGCCGCUUCUACAGGCAUUACCUAGUGGCGCCUUCUGGAAAUGGGCCAUACUAUUGAAGAAUGUCUCGACCUAUGAGCAAACGUCGGAGCUCGUCGUUUCCACCGUUAACGAGCUUCUGUACUUCAUGUCAACUCUUGCCUCCAAGGCGUCGGAGAACAUCGGUCUCUUGGAAAGCCUUUAUAGUACCUUUAACAAGGCCCAGUGCACGUACUUGCCACACAUCCGCUACCUUUCGGGACUUUACUUCAUGGCACCGCCGCCGCAAGCACUGUCUCCUGCGUCAAAUGUCUUUCUAACAACUGUUUGGAACGCAUUUAGAGAGUGUGGGGACUCCUCAAACGACCAGCUGGAAAGCAUCGAACUCUUUACUACUGAGGACCUAAAGCUACUUCUCAACUUAUCUGCGGCAGACAUCAAUGAGCUCAUCUACCAAGUUCUUCUACCCCUCAUUUUAUAUUCAACGCAGAGGAUUUCAACGCUUUGUGCCUUCAUUUGUGGAAAAUUAAUCACUAAGCUUCUUGACUCUGUGACGGUCAAUAUCAAUUCUAAGCAGUCACCCCUAUCUUUUAUCACGAAGCUCUUUAUGCAACUCAUUGUGGCGCUAUCGUUUUCUACACGGCAAAAUAGUACCAAGGUGAGCAGGUCGUUUCCGUAUCUCCUUUCCUUCUUAAGUAGUAGAAGCCUAGAAGAAGCUUCAGAAGCAGAUGCACAUCUGUGGGUACUUAUUGUGAUUUUGUUCUACUCACUGAUCAAGGUCUUCGAGACUACACAGGCGCAGUUUGUUCUUCUCGGGAUAGAGCGCUGCACAGACAUUUUGAAAGCGGCUUCUCCCAUACUCUUCAAGCGGUUUGUUUAUAAAGUUAUGUCCAUGUGCGAUGAAGACAACAGCAAUGUGUAUAUUAAAGCAUUUAAACGGCUGCAUAUUAACGAUAUAAAUGAGGGAGAACAUAUGCCGAAGGAAGACGCAGAGAAAUGUAAGAAACAAAUCUUGGUCGCUCUUGAACAGACAUAUGGGGGGUUUCUAUUGGCUCACAAUUUGACACUUGUGCAUAUGCUUGAUGCAUUGCUUGGAGAAUAA